GGGGGUGGGGGGUGGGGGGUGGGGGGUGGGGGUGGGGGUGGUGGGGGUGGGGGAGGGUCUCGACCCGUCGCGCUCUCUCGCGCUCGCGCGCUCUCGACCCGUCGCGCUCUCUCGCGCUCGCGCGCUCUCGACCCGUCGCGCUCUCUCGCGCUCGCGCGCUCUCGACCCGUCGCGCUCUCGCGCUCGCGCGCUCUCGACCCGUCGCGCUCUCGCGCUCGCGCGCUCUCGACCCGUCGCGCUCGCGCGCUCUCGACCCGUCGCGCUCUCUCGCGCUCG